AACUUUGAUGCUUUCAAACAUUGAAUUUUGGUUUGGUAAAUGACCACAAGUAAGAUACUGCCCAAACAAGCUGAUAUGACUUGAAGACCUUUGGUUCUACAUUCAUUCCUUCUGAAGCAAUGGUUUUCUCAGCAAUGUUGACACUGGCCCAUUCUGGGACCUCGAAUGCUACUUUUAUUGUCUAUGAAAACGCCUAUACGAAUUUUACCACUCCCCAGUUUUUGCUUCGUAGUGGCACCACACAACCAUUGAGAUACAGUUCGGGUGCUGUGCUCACCACUGAGAGAAGUACUUUUCUGAUAAACACGACAGCAAUCCUGCCAUCGCAAGAAGUUUUCAGGAGCUUGAGUUUGCCACUCCAGAUCAUUCUUUCUGCUGCUAUGAUAUUUAUCCUACUGGUUUCUUUCCUGGGCAACUUUGUUGUCUGCCUCAUGGUCUACCAGAAGGCUGCUAUGCGAUCUGCGAUUAACAUUCUCUUAGCGAGCCUGGCUUUUGCAGACAUGCUGCUGGCAGUGCUGAACAUGCCUUUUGCUCUGGUAACCAUCAUUACCACCCAGUGGAUAUUUGGGGAUAUAUUCUGCAGAGUUUCUGCCAUGUUUUUCUGGCUUUUUGUCAUAGAAGGGGUAGCAAUUCUUCUUAUUAUUAGCAUUGACCGCUUUCUUAUCAUAGUUCAGAGGCAAGAUAAACUGAACCCUUACCGAGCAAAGUUUCUCAUUGUGAUUUCCUGGGCAGCAUCCUUUGUCGUUGCUUUCCCGCUAUCCGUAGGGAACCCUAAUCUGCAGAUACCCUCGAGAGCACCUCAGUGUGUGUUUGGCUACUCUACGAGCCCAGGCUACCGAGCCUAUGUAAUACUAAUAUUGCUGAUUUCCUUUUUUAUUCCAUUCCUAAUAAUGCUGUAUUCUUUUAUGGGCAUUCUCAACACCGUCCGCCACAACGCAGUUCGUAUCCAUAGCCACCCUGAUAGCAUCUGCCUCAGCCAGGCCAGCAAACUCGGGCUCAUGAGCUUGCAGAGACCUUUUCAGGUGAAUAUUGAUAUGAGCUUUAAAACUCGUGCCUUCACAACCAUCUUGAUUUUGUUCCUGGUCUUCAUAGUCUGUUGGGCGCCCUUCACCACUUACAGCCUUAUUGCCACAUUCAACAGCCACUUCUACUACAAGCACAACUUUUUCGAGAUAAGCACUUGGCUCCUUUGGCUCUGCUACCUCAAGUCUGCACUGAACCCAUUGAUUUACUACUGGAGGAUUAAGAAGUUUCAUGACGCAUGCUUAGACUUAAUGCCCAAAUACUUCAAGUUUUUGCCACAGCUACCUGGCCACACGAGGCGACGCAUCCGACCCAGUGCCAUCUAUGUAUGUGGGGAGCAUCGGUCAGUAGUGUAAAGCUGCAGCUGUUUGACAUGAUGAUGAUUUCCUUGGAUUAUUUGUUUUAAGCUUUGGUUGGU